GACCUUCCUCUGGUAUCAGUACAGUAGCUACAGUAGAGGGGCGGUAGUAGCUACUGAAGCAAUACACCGAACCGGUGACAGCACACCAGUUCCCUGCACACUAGUCUAGAAAUGAACAGCAACUUAGCCGGAGAUGAAGUUGGGAAACUGUUUGUGGGUGGCUUGGACUGGAGUACAACACAGGAAACUUUGAGAAACUAUUUCUCGCAGUAUGGGGAAGUAGUUGAUUGUGUCAUCAUGAAGGACAAAACCACAAAUCAGUCCCGGGGCUUUGGUUUUGUCAAAUUCAAAGACCCCAACUGUGUCCGGACUGUACUGGAGACCAAACCCCAUAAUCUCGAUGGCAGAAAUAUUGACCCCAAGCCAUGUACUCCCAGAGGAAUGCAACCUGAAAAAGUACGAACUAAGGACGGCUGGAAGGGCAGCAAAGCUGACAGCAAUAAAUCAAAGAAGAUAUUUGUCGGCGGAAUCCCCCAUAACUGUGGUGAACCAGAACUCCGGGAAUAUUUCAAUAGAUUUGGAGUGGUCACAGAGGUGGUAAUGAUCUAUGACGCGGAGAAACAGAGGCCCCGAGGUUUUGGAUUUAUUACUUUCGAGGCCGAACAAUCAGUGGACCAGGCUGUCAACAUGCAUUUUCACGACAUCAUGGGCAAAAAAGUGGAAGUGAAAAAGGCUGAACCUCGGGACAGCAACGCUCCUGGCCAGCUUGGACCUAACCAAUGGGGACCCAGAGGCAUCCUGAGUGCAGCCAAUGGUUGGUCGGCACAGCCUGCCCAGGGCUGGCAGCAGAGUUAUGGGCCUCCGGGAGUUUGGGUGUCUACAGGCCAGCCCUUGGGUGGGUACGGGCCCCCUUUAUCUGCGGGUCGUGGAGCUCCCGCACAGCCCCCCUCGCCAUUCAACGCAUUCCUCGUCACAGCGGCCCCGGCGGGGGGGUUUGGGGCACCUCAGGCCUACGCUCAACAGGGAUACAGUACACCACCUCAGUUUGGGUACAGUUUUGGCACGCCUCAUGGUGACCAGUAUGCACCACAAGGAGUGCCGCCCCCGCCCACGACUCCAGGAACAGGGCCGCUAGGGUUUGCUCCAGCCACCACACCUACUCAGGACAUGAGCAAAGCACCCACGGGACAGCCGGACUUCCCUUACAGCCAGUAUGGCCUGGGUAACUACCCUCAGGAGCCCUCUUCCUACGGACCAACGCGUCCUUCUCACAGUAAUGGUCAGGAUGUGCAGGGAGGAAGUAGUGCAGGUUAUGGUCAGGACCUGAGUGGGUUUGGGCAUACUUUCGCAGACCCCAGCCAGCAGACUGCCUCUUACGGGGCACCAACAGCACAACCGGCAGUGGGACCCCAGGCUGCCGCAGCCGUUUUUGCUCGUGUACAGAAUCACAACGUAACGGGCUUCCAUCCAUACCGGCGCUGAGUGUCUCCAACCGCCACAGCGCUCAGUUCUAAAGUCAGGGAAAUGUGUUCUGGUGAUAAGCAAAACUGGAUUUCUGGAUUGAUGUUUUUUGGAACACAAAUACACACAAUUUGAGAAAAAGUGAACUCAUAAAACCAGGGAUUCCAAUUACUUCUGUUACAAUGUCACUUGAUGUAAAAGUUGAUGUAAGACUUUUGCAUAACCUGUUGAAAUGAAAUAACCUUUGUUUCUCCCCCCAUGUUUUAUAGUAGGACUUAACUACUUUGCAAUAGGUUUUGAUUUUCUGGUCAAACAAUAGCACAGAGAUUGGAAAAAUUAUAUAUAUAUAUAUAUAUAAGGAUAUGUAUAUUUAUGCUGGAUACAGAAAUUAAAACAGGGUCUCAAGUUUCCUCAGCUUUAAAUUCUAGGGAAAUUGUUUUUAUUUUUCAUUUGGUGGAUUUUGUUUACUUUCUGAGCCUUUAUUUUAAAGUUUGUUUAAAAUGGAAAAUAUGAAUAUAUAUAUUAUACACAAUCUGUGCAAUUUUUUAAGACAAUUUUGUACUAAAAAUGUACACUUUGCUUGUUUUUUAUUUAAAGAUGUAGACUUCCCUCAGGUGGCUGUUUGAGUGCAUUUUUCACUUAUGCAAAAAGAAAGGAACUUAUUUCAAAUAAAAGAUAUCCUGCCUCUG